AUGCACGGCCGUCCAAGGAAGGCUUCCGAGCCAGGAGAGGAUGCAGACUCCGCUGCUAAAGCUGUUAAGCUCCGGUCUCUCCAGUCUCAGUUCAUGUCCAAUCACCAUGGCAAAAUUUAUACCAAGGUAGCUAUUGAACUAAGUACGGAGCUUCUAAAGAUCAAUCCGGAGGCGUACACAGCGUGGAACUACCGGAAGCUCGCCGUGGAGGAUAACCUUUCCCGAAUCGAGUCUGACCCAGACUUGGUCAAGUCAAUUCUCGAUGAAGAGCUUAGUGUGGUAGAAAGUGCUCUGAUGCAGAAUUUCAAGUCCUAUGGUGCUUGGCAUCAUCGAAAGUGGGUUUUGAGCAAAGGGCAUUCCUCCAUUGGGAAUGAAUUGAAACUUUUGGAUAAAUUCCAGAAGAAGGAUUCCAGAAAUUUUCAUGCUUGGAAUUAUCGCAGGUUUGUUGUGGAACUCACCAACAGGUCAAAGCAGGAUGAGUUGCAGUAUACAGAGGAUAUGAUCUGUAAAAAUUUCAGCAACUAUUCUGCUUGGCAUAAUCGUAGUGUUCUUGUGUCAAGUUUGCUUGCAAAUAGAGCUGAUGGGUUUAUGCCAAAUGAAAAGAUUCCUGAGGAACUUGAUUUUGUACAUAAUGCUAUUUUUACGGAACCAGGUGACCAAAGUGGCUGGUUUUACCACCUUUGGCUUCUUGAUCAAACUGUCGAUGUAGAGACUCCUCUUCUCGCUUCAUCAUGGCCUUCACAUGGUUGCAGUAUCAUUCUCUCUGGACCUGGGUGCUUGAAUGACUCUUCUUCGAAGUUCACAACUUUUUGUUCUGAGUCGGGGUCUUUUCCACUGAUUAUCUACUUUGACCAAGCUGUUGGUGGAGUAAGUUCGUCUACUGUCACAAUUGAUUCUGAACUAAAAGGAAAUGAGGACCUUGUUUGGGAACCAGUUUCGGGAAAAAACUCGCAAGUGUCUUGUGGAUGGGUUACUCGUAUGAAAUAUUUCAGUUCAGAACCUAUCGUUCGCAAGGAAUACAAAGUGAAGGUCAGAGUUGGGAACUCUCCAGGAAUUAUUUCUUCCAGAGGAGGAUGUAACUUCAGCGCUCCUUGUGAGUUUUUCUUUACAGCUCAUGUUCAUGAUGCCGCCGUCAAAGAUUCGGAAGAAUCCAUUGUUUCAUGGACAGAUGAGUUUGAUAUUUGGGAUGCGCAGUCAGAGGAUUUGAACUCUUUUGUCUCCUUGGGUCGGUUAAACGCUGAGAUGGAUUUAAAUUGGCGGCAGGAAGCUUUAGCAAAAGAGGUUGAAUUAUUCCGUCAAUUGUCUGACAGCAAAAUUGGAAAGCUCACACUUGCAAGGCUUUUGAUGGCUUCUGAGGCUAUGGCAUCGGAUGAUACUGUUAAGGGUGCUCACUAUGAAGAAAUCCUCCAGUUGUAUAACGAUUUGAUGGCGCUGGAUUCUUCGCAUUACCAGUACUACAAGGAUAUGCACAGCGUAGCUUUUCUCCACAAGGUGACUUCAAGCACUGAAUCCUUGUCAAGAUACCUCUUUCGGUACAGGAAUAUGAACAAUCUUGUGUGUCUACGGCUAAAUAACUUAUCACUAUCUCGGAUAGCCUCUGUCGAGAAGUUGCUGUUUGUUCAAAUGUUAGACCUCAGUCACAAUGAGCUUCAUUCAACUGAAGGAUUGGAGGCAAUGCAACUUCUCACGUGCCUAAAUCUGAGUCACAACAGAAUCCGGAGUUUUUCAGCGCUGGACUCUCUAAGACAUGUAAAGCAGCUGAGAGUGUUGGAUGUUUCACACAACCACAUCGGCAAGCACUCAGUGGACACAACAAGGUACCUUUGUUCUUCACCGCUCUCUAACUCGGAGUGGACUCAGGAUGAAGUUGGAAGACAGAAGCCUAGCUUGGUCACCAAAUACUGGGAUGCGUAUUUCGUGUUACGAGAUAUGAGUCUGAAGCAGUUAGAUGUAGCAGGCAACGUAAUUGCAGGGGACGAAUUCAACUCUUUUGUCCUCCAGGUUAUGCCAAAACUCGUAUGGCUUGAUGGCCAGAAACUUAGGACUUAG